ACUCUCCGUAACUUGCUACGUUGGCUACCCGGAAGGAAAUCGGGACAUUUGUCAAAAUACACGAAAAAAAAUUGCCAACAAGUAUUUAAACAGUCCGACUAAAUACUACAUGGGGAUCCAUUCGAACGAGGUUUUAAUUCAAGUCAAAUGUCACAUUCGUUUGCCAGCAAGUGAGCAACUAGUUUUUGUUCCGUUUUAAGUUUUUUAGCCGAGCUAGCUAAAGCGUGCAUGAGUUGCCCGUUUGUUUUCGUGCUCGCGGUGAGAGCGAUCGCAGGAUGGACAAUGGCACGUUGUACGUCCGAGAAAAGGGCAGCCUCCGCCGCGUCAGUGACAUAGUCCUGUCGCCGCCGAAGCCAGUGUCGUCGUCGUCGUGCAGGAGGACGAAUCCGUUCGUGCCGAGAAAGGAGCAUUUCAUAUUCACCUACAACGCAGAGGGAAGUCUGCGGUACAGCACCAAGUCCCUCUUCGACCUCACUCUGCUGUUCGUGGCGGACAACAUCCACCAUGUGGACUCGCUGGUGGGCUUCCCCGAGCAGAUCGGAGACAGGCUUUUCGCAGCAGCGGAGGAGAACCGCGUGUUUUCCAACACAGCUGUUUCUCCGAAAGCCCUGCAGUUGUUCAGUGACGCCUACGGGCAGAUGGUGCUCGGAUCCCUCUGUCUGCGAAACAGGUUUCCGCUCUUGCACGAGAGGAUGGACGAAAUAAAAACAUUUCACAGUUUGAAGUCUCUGGAUUUGUUUGGCUGCAGACUCGGCGAUGACCACGAGAUAUUCCAGCAUCUAACAUCCACCUCCUUGGCAAACAGCUUGAUUCAUCUUUUUAUCGGCGGUAACAGUCUGUCAGAUGUUGGUUUACAAAGACUGACUGCACCAAUCCGGAUGAUGAAGAAGGGACUGGACCAUCUUCAGCUCCUGGACGUUUCCUAUAACCCUAUCUCAGAGAGGGCCAUUAGAUACCUCACAUGCCUCCCCAAACUUGAAAAUCUCGAUAUAUCUGGGACCAGUUUGAAGCUUGGUGCAGGUUUAAAGACGACCAUAUGGAACCUGUUGGGACUCAUUUGCUCUGAGAAACCGCUGGACAUCUUUGAUCACACGAGAUGUAAAACAGAAGGCUGGGCAGAGCAGGUUGUCAACCAUUGGGAAACGAAUACCUCACAAAUGCCAAAACAGAAGAAAAUUGAAGCAUCAAGAACAUCAGCGCUACGCUUUUUUGGAAGGCAGAAGUUUGUCAGAGAAGUCCUGAACACGACCCCGCUGGUGAGUGAGAGUGAAGAAGAGCUCAAUAGAGAGAGACUGCAUUUCUACAGAGCUGCGGCAAAUAAUCUCAUUAUUGAGAAACGGGUUCCAUACAAGAUGGACCAUCAAGUUAAGAUGAAGAAAAGACAGCGUCAGACAGAGAGCUGUGACAGCUCACUUCAACCUCCCACAAAACGAUCGCCCUCAUCAGCUCUGACUGCGGAGGACAUUGAAUUGUUGAACAGCUAUUGACGUAUGCAGCCACGUGGCAUUCCACGAACAGCAGAGCGCAGCAUGAGCAGACCCAUGAACAGGUAACAUGGGCUCCAAGGAACGAGAAUGAUGACCGCACUGGUGGACUAGACCCUUACCUGUAUACAGGUGUAAUUUUUUUUUAAUGUACAAUUUUAUAAAUAAAGUUCAAUAUCUUGCA